AUGGCUGAAAUUAGAAUUGAGAGAGCCUCUGAUAAGCUGAAAGAGCACAAACCAAACCCCAACCGCCGAGAAAACAUUGGCGGGCUUCUGGGUCACAUCGCCAAAUUUGCUAUUGACUCCACCAUCAACUUCUCUCUCAAAGCCCUCCCUGGUAGGAAGCAGGUGUAUCAGAUUGUGCAGGAGGGAUUAAAGGAUCAACCCCCUUCAGUUUCUCCCAAUGACAACAAGAAACCAGAAGAUCUUAAGUUGGCAAUGAAGGACAUGCAUGCAAAAAUGGAGAAUAUGCAGGAAGACACGAACAUUGUAAAGCAACAACAUAACAUAUCAGCAGAACAUGUCAUGGGAUCAGCGGAUCCGAAGAAGAUGCCAGACGAAAGAGGAAUUCAGGGGUCGGAUCUUCUGCAGAACAAUAAGAAGAAGAUCUUCAUUCGAUCGCGUCUAUAA